UCGUACUCAUCGUUCUGUUCUUCCUUGUCACAUUCACAACUCUUUCCUCGAAUUAUUAUUUAGACGACAUUGCAAGAUGGCUGACCAGGCACAGCAGCCUAUAAUAGCUGCGGAAACUGAGAUCGACGAUGGCGCAUCCUCUAUCGAUGGCUCGUCUAUUGAUGACUCCCUGGCUUCCCUGAGGUCCAGCAUCCUCGAUUACCGCCGAGAAAAUGGUCGUACCUAUCAUCGGCUCAGCGAUGGAAAGUAUCUUCUUCCCAAUGACGAGCGAGAGCAAGACAGACUUGAUCUCACCCAUAACCUAUGGCUACUUACAUGGGACAACAAACUCUGCAACUGUCCCAAGAAUGCUGGUGCCAAACGAGUGCUGGACAUCGGUACUGGGACUGGUGUCUGGGCUCUAGACUAUGCGGACGAUCACGCUGAAGCUAUAGUACUUGGUGUUGACCUCAGUCCGAUUCAACCCGGCUUCGUACCUCCUAACUGCUCUUUUGAGGUUGACGAUGUUGAGAAAGAGUGGCUCUGGUCGGAACCGUUCGACCUCAUCUUUGUCAGAAACAUGAUUGCAAGCUUUUCUGAUUGGCCAGGCAUGAUUGCGAAGGCUUUCGAACGUCUCGAGCCUGGCGGUUAUCUUGAGCUUCAGGACAACAUGUUUCCACUCAUGUGUCGAGACGAUACGAUGACCGACGACUUCAAACCCUACAAGUGGACGAAGUUGGUCAUGGAGGCGGCCGCAACGAUGGGACGUCCGGUCAACGUCGCUGCCAGCUUCAAGCAAAUGUUGGAGGAUGCAGGCUUCGUCGACGUCGAGGAGAAGAAGGCGAUUUGGCCUUACAACCCCUGGCCCAAGGACCCAAAGCUCAAGGAGCUGGGUUCGUGGGCUCAAGCAUCCGCUGGCUCGGGCAUUGAAGCAGCUUCGAUGGCUCUUUUCACUCGCGUUCUUAACUGGACGAAAGAGGAGGCGACAGUCUUCAUUGCCGAAGUGAGAAACGAGCACAAGAAGAUUGGAGUCCACGCAUACUACGACGUGUACGCUGCCUGGGGUAGGAAGCCGGAGAAGAAGGCUGAGGAAGAUGUUGCAGUGCCCUCCUGAGAGGAUGUGCGUCUAUGCUAGAUUUAUCUUCAAUCUGUUCCAUUCUGAUCGGAACUACAUAUGUUGAGAAGUCGGAAUAGCUUCACUUCAUAAAUUCCCUUACUAUCAUGCUCGAGGUGGUUACGGACAAUGAUGAGUCAGUCAGCGGUAUUGUGUCUACGGACUUUGUGGAAAAGUGAAGAAAGGUUGGGCGUUAGCAUGAAGAAGCUCGAGGAGACCUCAUAGACGUCAAAGAUGGAAGCAUUGUUCCGCUACAGCCACCGUUCUUAUGACUGGCGUCGUUGACGCUUUAGCUUCCCACCUUCAGCAGUAAUCGUUAAGCAACUCGCCGCAGGGUAGUGGUGA